AAGAAAAGGGAAAGAAAAGAGGGGAGGCGAGAGAAUAAGGCGGAUAAAAGGAGGCCGGGCUGCUUUGCAUUGAAGAGCGGGGCGCUAUUGAAAGCGCUUGAAAAGCGGCGUUGUCCGGCGCGGGUGCGCCGCGGUAUAUUAGAGCGGGGCGGCGGCAGCAGGAGCAACAGCGGCAGCGCCUCCUCCUCCUCCUCCUCCUCCACCUCCUCCUCCUCCUCCUCCUCCUCCUUCUUCUUCUCCUCCUCCCUCCCGGCCCUCCCCGUCCCGUCCCGAGCCGGAGCGAGCGGCGGCGGCCCUGCAGGCGGGCGGGCGGGCAGCGCGGCGGCGGCGGCGGCAUGCGUGCGCCCCGGCGGGCAGCCGCGGCGGCGUGCUCCAUCCUCACCCUGCUCCUGGCGCUGCGGGCCGAGGUGACUUUAGCGUCGGGACAGUUCGAGUUGGAGAUCUUAUCCAUGCAAAAUGUGAAUGGUGAACUGCAAAAUGGAAAUUGCUGCGAUGGCACCCGAAACCCAGGAGAUAAAAAAUGCACCAGAGACGAGUGUGACACCUAUUUUAAAGUUUGCCUGAAGGAGUAUCAAUCGCGGGUCACUGCUGGCGGUCCUUGCAGCUUCGGAUCCAAAUCCACUCCUGUCAUCGGAGGGAAUACCUUCAAUUUAAAGUACAGCCGGAAUAAUGAGAAGAACCGGAUCGUUAUCCCUUUCAGCUUCGCCUGGCCGAGAUCCUACACAUUGCUUGUUGAGGCAUGGGAUUACAAUGAUAACUCCACGAACCCCGACCGCAUUAUUGAGAAGGCUUCCCACUCUGGCAUGAUCAACCCCAGCCGGCAGUGGCAGACCCUGAAGCACAACGCAGGAGCUGCCCACUUUGAGUACCAGAUCCGAGUCACCUGCGCAGAGCAUUACUACGGCUUCGGCUGCAACAAGUUCUGCCGGCCCCGAGAUGACUUCUUCACUCACCACACCUGCGACCAGAACGGCAACAAGACCUGCUUGGAAGGCUGGAUGGGACCAGAGUGCAACAAAGCUAUUUGUCGUCAGGGAUGUAGCCCCAAGCAUGGUUCUUGCACAAUUCCAGGAGAGUGCAGGUGUCAGUAUGGAUGGCAAGGCCAGUACUGUGAUAAGUGCAUUCCACACCCAGGAUGUGUCCAUGGCACUUGCAUUGAACCAUGGCAGUGCCUCUGUGAAACCAACUGGGGUGGUCAGCUCUGUGACAAAGAUCUGAACUACUGUGGCACCCACCCACCCUGCUUGAAUGGUGGUACCUGCAGCAACACUGGCCCUGACAAAUACCAAUGUUCCUGCCCUGAGGGCUACUCAGGACAGAACUGUGAAAUUGCAGAGCACGCCUGCCUCUCCGACCCUUGUCACAACGGGGGAAGCUGCCUGGAGACAUCCACGGGAUUUGAAUGUGUGUGUGCUCCCGGCUGGGCUGGACCAACCUGCACUGAUAAUAUUGAUGAUUGUACUCCAAAUCCCUGUGGUCAUGGAGGAACUUGCCAAGAUCUAGUUGAUGGAUUUAAGUGUAUUUGCCCACCUCAGUGGACUGGCAAAACGUGCCAGCUAGAUGCGAAUGAAUGUGAGGGCAAGCCCUGUGUCAAUGCCAACUCCUGCAGGAACCUGAUUGGCAGCUACUACUGUGACUGCAUUACUGGCUGGUCUGGCCACAACUGUGAUAUAAAUAUUAACGACUGUCGUGGACAAUGUCAGAAUGGAGGAUCCUGUCGGGACUUGGUUAAUGGUUAUCGGUGUAUCUGUUCACCUGGCUAUGCAGGAGAUCACUGUGAGAAAGACAUCAAUGAAUGUGCAAGUAACCCUUGCAUGAAUGGGGGUCAUUGCCAGGAUGAAAUCAAUGGAUUCCAAUGUCUGUGUCCCGCUGGUUUCUCAGGAAACCUCUGUCAGCUGGACAUAGAUUAUUGUGAGCCAAAUCCGUGCCAGAACGGCGCUCAGUGCUUCAAUCUUGCCAUGGACUAUUUCUGUAACUGCCCUGAGGAUUACGAAGGGAAGAACUGCUCCCACCUGAAGGAUCACUGCCGCACGACUCCUUGUGAAGUAAUUGACAGCUGCACCGUGGCAGUGGCUUCCAACAGCACACCCGAAGGGGUUCGCUACAUCUCUUCCAAUGUUUGUGGCCCUCACGGGAAGUGCAAGAGCCAAGCGGGUGGAAAAUUCACCUGUGAAUGCAACAAAGGAUUCACUGGCACCUACUGUCAUGAGAAUAUCAAUGACUGUGAAAGCAACCCCUGUAAAAAUGGUGGCACUUGCAUUGAUGGCAUCAACUCCUACAAAUGUAUUUGUAGCGAUGGAUGGGAAGGAACAUAUUGUGAAACGAAUAUUAAUGACUGCAGUAAAAACCCUUGCCACAAUGGAGGAACUUGCCGAGACUUGGUCAACGACUUCUUCUGUGAAUGUAAAAAUGGGUGGAAAGGAAAAACUUGCCACUCCCGUGACAGCCAGUGCGAUGAGGCGACGUGCAACAACGGGGGGACGUGCUAUGACGAGGGGGACACUUUCAAGUGCAUGUGUCCUGCGGGAUGGGAAGGAGCCACUUGUAACAUAGCGAGGAACAGCAGCUGCCUGCCGAACCCCUGUCACAACGGUGGUACCUGUGUGGUCAGCGGGGACUCCUUCACUUGUGUCUGCAAGGAGGGCUGGGAAGGACCCACGUGUACCCAGAACACAAACGACUGCAGUCCUCAUCCUUGUUACAACAGUGGCACUUGCGUGGAUGGAGAGAACUGGUACCGCUGUGAGUGUGCUCCAGGCUUUGCCGGGCCCGACUGCAGGAUCAAUAUCAACGAGUGCCAGUCCUCGCCCUGUGCCUUUGGCGCCACAUGCAUAGAUGAAAUUAACGGGUACCGGUGCAUUUGCCCCCCGGGUCGCAGUGGUCCAGGAUGCCAAGAAGUUACAGGAAGGCCUUGCAUUACCAGUGUUCGAGUAAUACCAGAUGGGACUAAGUGGGAUGACGACUGCAAUACCUGUCAGUGUCUGAAUGGAAAAGUCACCUGUUCUAAGGUCUGGUGUGGCCCUCGGCCUUGUGUCCUGCACGGCAAAGGCCCCAGUGAGUGCCCUGCUGGCCACACCUGUGUCCCUGUGCGGGAUGACCACUGCUUCACCCACCCGUGUGCCGCCGUGGGGGAAUGCUGGCCCUCCAACCAGCAGCCUGUGAGGACCAAAUGCAACUCAGAUUCCUACUACCAGGACAACUGUGCCAACAUCACCUUCACCUUCAACAAAGAAAUGAUGGCCCCAGGCCUUACCACAGAGCAUGUUUGCAGUGAAUUGAGGAAUCUGAAUAUUCUGAAGAAUGUUUCUGUUGAAUAUUCCAUCUAUAUUACCUGUGAGCCUUCCCACUUGGCAAAUAAUGAAAUCCAUGUUGCUAUUUCUGCAGAGGACAUUGGGGAAGAUGAAAACCCCAUCAAAGACAUCACAGAUAAGAUCAUCGACCUCGUCAGUAAGCGCGACGGGAACAACACCCUCAUCGCUGCUGUCGCCGAAGUCAGGGUGCAGCGGCGGCCGACCAAGAACAAAACAGAUUUCCUGGUGCCCUUGCUGAGCUCGGUCCUCACAGUAGCCUGGAUCUGUUGCCUGGUCACCGUGUUUUACUGGUGCAUCCGAAAGCGCCGGAAGCAGAGCAGCCACACCCACACGGCCUCUGACGACAACACCACCAACAACGUACGGGAGCAGCUGAACCAGAUCAAAAACCCCAUUGAGAAACACGGAGCAAAUACUGUCCCCAUUAAAGACUACGAGAACAAAAACUCUAAAAUCGCCAAAAUAAGGACACACAACUCCGAGGUGGAGGAGGACGACAUGGACAAGCACCAGCAGAAGGCCCGAUUUGCCAAGCAGCCAGCCUACACUUUGGUAGACAGAGAUGAAAAGCCCCCCAACAGCACCCCUACAAAACACCCAAACUGGACAAAUAAACAGGACAACAGAGACUUGGAAAGUGCACAAAGCCUAAAUCGGAUGGAGUACAUCGUAUAGCAGACGGUGGGGUGCUGCCAUGCAGGGCCUUUGAGUAUCGUUAUAAAGGCACUCAAGAGCUUGUAGUUCUUAAACUGUUGUGUAAUAUUUGAGUCUAAGGCUAUUAUUUACUUAGAAUCCCUGUGUUAAUUUAAGUUUGGACAAGCUGGCUUACACUGGCAAUGAUAGUUGCUGUGGUUGGCUGGAAUACCAAGUGCUGCAUUUCACAUCUAUGCAAAACUAGUCAAAAGUGCCCUCAUGUAAAUUCAGCUGCAGCUGAUCCAUCACGGAAACGUUCCAUAAGGUAUUACAUAGCCUUAUUACUCUUCCUUAGUGUUCAUUUUUUUUUUUUUUUUCUCUGCCAGAUGUUCCGAUUUAUACAGUUUCUUUAGAAUAAUACAUUUUAUUUAUAUUUAUUGAAUUUGAGUUUUUUGUAUAUUGGUUUUAUGGUGACGUACAACUAGUUCUGUAUUUGAAAGUGCCUUUGCAGCUCGGAACCACAGCAACUAUCAAAAAUAAGUUUAUUAUUUAUUUUUUUAUUGUAUUUUUGUUGGGGGCGGGUGGGGGGAACUUGUCAGCAGUUGCUGGUAAAUGAAGAAUUUAAAGAGGAAAAUGUGUCAAAAAUAGAAGUUUGUAUAGAUAUGUAAAUAAUUCUUUUUUUAUUAAUCACUGUGUAUAUUUGAUUUAUUAACUUAAUAAUCAAGAGCCUUAAAAUAUCAUUCCUUUUUAUUUAUAUGUAUGUGUUUAGAGUUGAAGGUUUUUGAUAGCAUUGUAAGCUCGUGGCUUCUCUAUUUUGAAUUUAUUUUCUUGUUACAUGUUGCCUAUAUGCCAAAACUAAGGUGUUCUAAAAUAGUUUAUUUUUAAUAGGAUGGGCUUUCAUGCCUUGAUGCUGGUUUUUGUACAAUGUCAAAUGUUUGAAACACCUUCCAUAGUAUCACUUUAAGACUAUUUGUAAGUACUGACUGAGGCAGUUUAGAGAAUUAGACUAGAAAAUUUUUUUUUGCUGCUUUAGACUUGAAAACCGAGUGACAGGCAGAUAAUCUGCUAAGAAGCAGUUUAAGGGAACAAAACUGAGCUAUUACUUUAUGUAGAUGAAAUGUGAGUGGUUGCAUGUAAUUAAAAAUAUCAAAUUAGCGUGUGAAGUUGGAAACACAGCAAUCUUAUUUUGUAAAUUCUAAUUAUUUUUUUUCUCACCAUGAAUAUGUAAUACUGAACCACUUGUAGAUUUGACUUUUUUUGUAAUCUACUGCAUUUAGGGAGUAUUCUAAUAAGCUAGUUGUUGAAUACUUGAACAGUAGAAUGUCCAGUAAGAUCACUGUGUAGGUUUGCCAUAGAUUACACUGCCCGCCUUAACAAGUGAGGAAAUCAAAGUGCUAUUACGAUGUUUAAGAUCAAAAGGCUUAUAAACAUAGUCAUCUCAGUGGUUAACCAUUGAGAUCAUGAAGAUACCUUGUAUUGUGAUAUUAGUGUUAUAUGAAAAUGCAUCUUUGAUGUGUUGUUCCUGGCAAUAAAUCUUGAAAAGUAAUAUUUAUUAAAUUUUUUGUAUGAAAACAUAAAAGAGCGUGGAGAUUAUUGAGCUUGGAGGCGCUCCCGGCCAGACAGUUGUGCAAAAGCAGGGGCAGGUGCUGCUGGAGGUUUCCAGGACCUGCCCCUGCCUUUGGUGGAGUCAGUUUUUUGUUAGAUGAUUACAUGUUCCCCUCUGGCUCCAAAUGGGGCUGAGGAGGUUUGAAAGCAGCAUGUCCCUUGUUCUCACUGCCUCUUGGCCAAUGUCCCUCAGUGUUCUGAGAGAGGGUGGUGUGGCUGCACUUGUGCAACGAGUUUACCCUGCACAGGCCAAUGAGCUGCCCCCAGAUAGGAACCAAAUCUAAGUAGCUAGGCAAGAUCCAAAGUGCUGACCUGGAUGGGAAGAGAUCCAUAGAUGAUGCUGAUUUCUAAUGGGCAAAAAGCGCUUUGUAAAGCAUAAAAUAAACUCUAAAAGUAUUCAACACCACGGCUUUGAAUGCUGAACUAAUGCUGCCCCUCCCACCUUUGUGCAGGGGCUGGCUGGCUCAGGGUCUGCUCUGGUUUUACCACGUUCUGAUGAAGCUGCAAAAUUGUUCUGCUAAGGGGCUACUGCAAAGCUGAAGGAACAAUUAACUGUGUAACAAGGUUCAUUGAAAAAUAGUUAAACCUACCUGCUGCAAGGUUAGGCCUUUGCAUCUGUAUUUGUUUGUAGUAAAUAAACAGGUGUUUUAUAUACAGAUUGCUGCGGUAUGAAUACACUGAACGCUAACAAAACCUGAGAGUGAGAAAUACUGUCUUCUGUACUUUUUUUACAGCUGUCAAAAAAAAUUUAUAAAUUCUAAUUAGUGUUAUUUUUUAUUUUCAACUUGCUUUAGAAGAUUUCCAUUGUGGCUGCUGUACUUUGGCUGGAUGCUGCUUUUACUUUUCAUACUCAUACACCACACAGGGCAAGUACUGGAGCCUGUUUAGUUUACUGCCUCCUGAAGGGGAAGUCAACAAGAUUAGCUUCAACUGACCACUUCAAUAAUUCCUCAUCAAACAAAUCCCAUGAGUAUUUAUUUCCCUUUGUUCCCUGACAUCUAAAUCUGCAAUAAAGCAAACACGUAAUGUCCAAAAAAGCUACUUAAAGAUAAUAGAAUCUUCCACCUUCCUCCAAAGGGCAAAGCUGGGCUAUUCCCUGACUGCUUUCCUGUACUUUUAAUGUUGAAUUAACCAUCUUCCUGCUGUCUGCUGUUCACAUGGGUCUCCAGGAUACAGAAACAAACCACCUCUUCCAAAGGGCUCAAACAUACCUGAAUUUGUAGGAAUUUGUAAGAGUCUGCUUUCUAUUAAGCAAAAAAUAAAAGAAAACAGGGCAUUUGAUAUUUCUGGGGACAUACAGUUGUCAGGCUUCUUGAAAACCUACUGAGGCCACUUCUAUUUACAGACUUCAUCAUUUAACAACAUGUUUGUUACUGCAGAGCUCUUCAUACACACCCUGCUUUUCCACAUUUCCCCAUAGACUUUCCUCACUUCGUCACUCUCUCAUGGUGUUAGAAAAUUAGAAUCAUGCUGUUUGUACAGGGGGCAGUCAGAAAAUUCUACACAAUUGCCAUAAUGGAAUUUUUAAUUAAUCCUCCUAUCUCAGUGGUAACUCCAAAACUUACACUGGUGACUGUAACAGAAGAGCAGUUCCCCAAAGCCCAGAUCCACCACCAAUCUGAGGGCUGGUCUAUGAAGUGGUUUCCAUUGCCACAAAAAUAAAUAGAAACAUGAAGUUUAAGGCUUCCCCCUUAGACUAUCAAGGCACAUUUAUUUUUGUGGAAAUCCUACUUUGCCAGUUCACACUUUUACUACUUGGGGAAGAUAUAUUCUGUAGUCAGAAGUUUCCCACUGCUAGUGUAAGUUUGUUCUUUGGAUCC